CUAAUACUUCGCUGCUAUUUGUCACAAGUCCUCAUUAAAAAUGUCGAUGUGCAUCGCGCGAGGCUCUGUGCGUGGCUGUGCCCGGCCAGUCGUUGCCCAGCACCGACCGGCUCGGUCGCGAGUGGUCAGCAUUGCAUGCUCCGCCGCGCCUCCAGCCGAGUCGUCCUCCACUGCCGAGCCCGCUGCCCAAGCGGUUGUGACGAAGAAGGUGACCAUCCGCAAGCCGCUGGGACUUGUGUUUGAGCAAGCCCGAGACGGCGGCCCCAUCUUCGUAGCCGAGGUCACGGCGGGCGGUAACGCGGACAAGAGCGGCGCAGUGGCGGUGGGCGACAUCCUGUCCCGCUGCAGCGCAGUUGUGCUGAAGGCGGGCAAGGAGGGCCGCUAUGAGAACGAGGGGUACGGCGAGCGUCCGUACGACAACUGGGAGACCAUCGAGUACGACUGCGAGGGGAAGGAGUUCAAGACCGUCAUGACGGCCCAGCUCACAGCCUCACAGGCUGGAGUUGAAGUGAAGAUGACCGGUCGCUACGUAUCGUACGGCUAAAUGACGGUGACACGCUGUGCAACGUCACAGCUGGAGCAAUACGCAAAGCACACAGGUCACAGCCACAGGGUAGAGCCAUGG